AUGGUGUGUUUCUUUUAUUUUAGAAUAACAGCGUUGGCGGGCAACGAUGAUGUUAAAAGGCAAUUGGUGAAGAGUGGUAUCGUCCCGAUUAUAGUUUCAUUAUUGACAAGGUAUUCGAGUAAUCCAACAGCAUCUACUUUAACGCUAAAGUGCGUUGCAGCCUUAACCCUACGCGAGCAGGGACACAGCAAGGAGUUCCUCGAGAACGGGGCACCUGAAGCCAUUGUUGAAUGUUUAAAGAUUCACCCAGAUGUCGCUAGUGUUCAGAAAAACGGUUGUUGGGCGAUACGCAACAUGGUUGCCAGAUGUCGCGAGUAUAAUUCCAAAUUCCACGAAUUGGGCAUCCAGAGCAUUCUGGACAGGUCUUACGACAAGUUUGGGAAGGAGUUCGGCUUCGAUGUGAAAUCCGCGUUAAGGGACCUCGAAUGUGAAGUUAAACUUGACGAGCAGUGGACCGGGAAAGGAGUGCAAAUGCAGCAAUAG